UUGUCCCCCACUGUUUGCACCUCCUGGUUACACGGAGCUCAGAUGAGACCGAGACCUGGUGAAAGAUCAACAAGCUGCUGCUGCUCCACACCGACCUGAGGACGUGGGCCAAAACCACUGUAUUUUUUUUUCCAUUGAAGAUACUCUGACAUCACAGCAGACUAUCCAUGGUUUGUGUGUUGGCUCUCUUCCUCUUCCCCAUACUCCUGACUGAAUCCUUCUCUGCAGCAGGGGAGGAUCCAGUCCCUCCAUGCCCACCUCAGUGGCUCCUGUUCGGGCAGAGAUGCUUCGCCUUCUUCCCUGUGUGGAGCUCCUGGAGCAGCGCUAACUCUUUAUGCUCUCAGACAGGUAGUCACCUUGUGUCGCUUCACACACCAGAGGAGAAGCAGAUUCUACUUAAGCUAGCGAACACGAGCACUCAUGUCUGGUUGGGCGGAUUUCGCGUACAACAGAAUAACUCGUGGUUCUGGAGCGACGGCGCCCCCUUCAGGAUCAGCGGCUGGACCAAUCAGAUGAGAGGGAAGAGGAAGGAGGGCGGCGUUUGCAUGGAAAUGGAUCCAAAAAGUGGAGACCUGCACAGCGCCCCCUGUGGAGAACUCCGAUUCUACAUCUGCUCCAUCAAAGUCAGUUCUGUCGACUUGCCCAUCAGACGGAAGCAGGUCGAGCCAGGCAUCGUCCCUGGUGUCAGUUUGUUUGACGUCAUGUGGAGUCGCAGCGACGUGUUGGCGGAGGAGAUUCUCCUCUCGUCCUCCUUUCUUGCUAAGCUGCAGUCCGGUCACAUGCCGGAGCGCUGCUACACCAACUACAUCCAGCAGGAGGCGCUCUACAUGCACCAAGUCAGCAGCACUUUGGAGGUGCUGAUCGGGGGUCUGCAGGAAUCAAAUGACAUGAACUCACUGCUGCGCGACACAUUCAAACAAUACAGCUGCAGGAACCAGAGCAUCCCUCCUCCACUCCCCCCACAGUGGCUCCAGUUCUCCCUCCAGUCUUUCCACUCGCUGGUUCUGGAGGAGCCGGUCUAUUGGCUGGUGGCUCUGUCGGCCCGGGCCUGGCUCCGUAGCUUCCUGGCUGAGGAGGUGCUACUCCAGAGCAAGCCUGGUCCCCAGCUGAUGUCUGGGGUCGACUCCUCCUAUUGGGAGUGGAUCAGGCACAGUCUGCAGGAGGUGGCCUGGACCCACAGGUUCAAAGUGGUGAUAGAAGAGAACCAGGACAAGAUGGACAUGUUCAAAGCGAUCAACAUCUUCCGAGAGCACAUGAUGAACCAGAAGAGCUUCUACAAAGCUGUAGACUGUGGCGUUGACGAUGAGGGCUGAUGAAGAGGAGGAGGUCGCAGCAGCUGCUGAAGAUGACUCACAACUAGUUUUUCUUGCUUCAUUAAGGAACUGGGGUUAAUAUUAUCUAAGUUUUCACUGCCUUUACUUCAGUAGUUUUAUGAUUUCCAGAGUUUCACGUUUUUAAGAUCCAUACAGAAGCUGAAGCUGUAAAAGACCUAACUUCCUGAAACCACGUAGUUUAUUACAGAAUGAGCGACACGCUGUGGUGUUACUGCUGAACACUGACUGUGAACAAUAAAACAAUGACAACAAAAUAAAACACACGUGAAAGCGA